AUGGAUACAGUUAAAGUCUACAUCGAUUGAUAUUCUCAACCAUCUCGUGCUGUAGCUGCAUUGUGCCUACUCGCCAACAUUCCUCACGAAAUCAUUGAAACUCAGCUUUUCCGUGGAGACACCCGCACAAAAGAAUUCCAAGCCAUUUCUCCUCCAAUGACAGUUCCAGCCAUAGUUCAUCAAGAAAUGCCUCUUUAUGAAAGUCAUGCAAUUUUAACCUAUUUAUCAACAGCUUUUAACGUCGCUGACCAUUGGUACCCAAAAGACCCAAAACAGCGGGCAAAUGUUGACGCUUAUUUACAUUGGCAUCAUGGGAAUAUCCGGUAUGGAUGUGCAGGGUAUCUUUACAGGAAAAUAAUUAAGCCAAGACUUACAGGUCGGCAAAUAACCCCUGAAAUGGAAAAACAAAUGCUAGCAAUUCAGCAUAAAUCUUUGAAAUAUGUGGACGAAAUUUUAAUGAAUAAUCAUUAUGUUGCGAAAACGAAAGAAAUGUCUAUUGCUGAUAUUUCUUGUUAUUGCGAAAUAAUGCAGCUGCAUUUGAUUGAUUUUGAAUAUAGACAGUAUCCGUUUAUAGUGAGGUGGAUGAGAGAAAUCGGGGAAAUCCCAGAAGUAAAAUUGGUACAUCAAAGAUUAAUGAAAAUGGUGCAAAAACCUAACCUGCUAAAUUUUAGGUAGAAUAGCUUCAUAUUUUAGAAUAGAAAAAUAAUUUAAAAUUUAAUUUUUUUUCUCUAGGAUUAAGCUUUAA